GAUUAAUUAACCCAAGGGGUAUAAGUGUAUAUUUACCUCUUUAAUGAAAUCUAUUUUUGUGACUUUGAGUCUUGAGUGCUACUUUGGGAACAAAAACUUGGUUUAGUGCUAUUCUAGUCUUUUUCUCUAUAACAUAUAGCAAAUAUAUUAGUUUAUGUUAAAAAUUAAUAUUUUCCAAAGUUAAGGUUUUGUUUGCUCUUAUAGAAAACAAGAAAUGUAAGACUAAACUACCCUGAGAUAUGAACGUUACACCAACGAACGCCGAGGGUAAGACAAACAUUUCAGAAAAGAGAGAGGAUGAAAAAGACCUAUUAGGGCUGGGCAAUUAGAGUUCCAAUCGGGUUUCGGUUCGGAUUCAUUCGAGUUUCGGUUUUCAGAUUCAUGAAUUUCAGUCCCAUUCAAAUAUUAUAAAACUUCGGUUCAGAUUCAGUUAAGGUUUAGUCAAUUCAGUUAAGGUGUAAUUGGGUUCAGUUCGGGUUUAGUUACAUGUCCAGGAUCAUGUUGAACCCUGAAUAGUUUCAGUUGCAGAUAUUAACCGGGUUAUCUUUUUCAAAAAUAUUGAUUUAUACUUGAUUAAACUCAAUAUAUUUCCAAUAAAUUUGUGUACGUGGCUUCUUCAAACCAUAUUGUUUUCCUUCAAAAUAAUUUUGGGCGACUCCUCUGUCAACUAUACAAGAUUCUUCUUUGAACUAUACGUGAUAACAUCAGAUAUAUCAUGACAAACCAAAGCUUUCUACGAACGAGAAUCAUACAUAACAAAAAAUUAAAAAAUUAAAAUUAACAAUUACCGACUCUAUAAACUCAAGAAACACUAUUUGAAGUUUAAGAAAAAACAUUGUUUAAACUUGAGAAUCAAACUUAUUCAUAUUUGAACAUUCAAAUGCAAUUGUUAAAACAUAAAAACAUUAAUACUGACCAAAUACCAAAAAUAUAUAUUAAACUUAAUUUUUUAAUAGAUAAUUAUUUUAAAUCUCAGUAAUAUCUUAGUGUAUUUUGGUUACAUAUCAGUGAUUGAUAUCAAAUUUGGUACAAGUUCCUUUUAGAAUUUUUGAAUUUUUAGGAUUUUGGGAUAUUCAUUCGGAUUCGGAUAAAUCCAUAACUUGAAUUUUUAGAUCGGUUGAAGUUUCUAGUUAGUUUUUUAGUUGAUGUUGUCAAAAAAAAAAUCCAUAACCUGAAAUACCAUAAAAUAAAAUCUGCUCAGCAUUUGUGUCAGUUCAGAUUGAUUUUAUCCCGGGUCUGGUUAAGUUCGGAUAUUUGGAUUCGGUUUAGUCUAUUUCAUAAAAUCCUUGGCAAAAUAGAGAAAGGGUAAAACUCCAAACCUAAUUAAACUCUCGAGUGUGGAUUGUUAUCUAAGGAUAACCAAUCAUAGACAAAGACGUUCUCCUCAAGUUUUGUGUAGUAGCAGCGAUCAAGCUUCGUUUAACACUUCUAGGCAGUUAGGAAAAAUAUGGGCUUCCUUUGUCGCCGGUGGUGCGAGCGUGGCAAUUUGAUUAGUGUUAAGGCUUUCGAUAACUUGUCUGAGUCUUUGGAAUCUGAGGAUAUGAGUUUGGUUAGUGGUAAAGUCCAUGAUGAAGAAGAUCAUACUGUAAAAGAGGAGAUUACUUCUACAGAUUAUGUGCGUGAGGAACAUGAUGAUGAUCUGACUGCUGCAUAUGGUAGAGAUUUAGAAUCGGUAGGUAAGGAAACAUCAGAGGCACUUGUGGAUAUUGUUUCUGCAAGUGAGUUUGGCAGCCAAGGAUCUUCAGGAGAACGUGUCAUGGGCGUUGAUAGGUCUGGAGAACAGCUCUUGGAUGAUGCACAUUCUAGUGUAACAAACAUUCAUAGCUAUCAAGGAUAUAGGUUUGAUGGCCAUAUUUCCACAGAUUCUGACGAGGAAGCCGACACCAAUAUUGUAGGUGAGGAGGAAAGUUUUGAUACUGCAGCUUUGGCUGCCAUCUUAAAGGCAGCCACUGGUGGAACUUCAGAUGAUCUUCAUACAACCAUAAUAUCUCAGGAUGAAACAGAACCUCCAGCUGGUUUGGGCUCAUCUUUAAGACUGGUGAGAUCACGUCUAAACCGCACCAACAUGUUCCCCAGUCUAAAAGUCGGAAUGGGCGGAGAGAGUGAGAGUAACUUGAGCGAGGAAGAGAAACAUAAGCUGGAAAAACUGCAAAGUUUGCGUGUGAAAUAUCUGCGUCUUGUGCAUAGGCUGGGGAAGUCAGUGAAAGACUCAAUAGCAGAGCAGGUUCUUUACAAGCUUUCACUUCUUGCUAAUAGUCAUUAUUCAUUCAGUCUUGACGCUGCAAAGAAGAUGGCUAUGGAUCAGUCUGAAGAAUUAAACUUCUCUCUAAACAUACUGGUCCUUGGAAAGUCCGGUGUGGGAAAAAGUGCCACUACAAACUCCAUCUUGGGCCAUCAGACUGUAUCCAUUGAUGCGUUUGGACCUUCCACCACUUCAGUCAAAGAAGUUUCUAGAACAGUGGACGGUGGUGUCAAGAUCACAAUCAUCGAUACGCCGGGCUUAAAAACUUCUGCCAUGGAUCAAAUUGGUAAUACCAAGAUGUUGUCCUCGGUGAAGAAGGUAAUGAAGAAGUUCCCACCUGAUGUUGUUCUUUACGUUGAUCGUCUUGAUGAUGCUCAGAACAAUCUUCCUUUGCUAAGAACAAUCACUGAUUCUCUUGGUCCUUCCAUAUGGGAGAACGCCAUAGUGAUACUGACUCAUUCUGCUUCAGCUCCUCCUGAUGACCCAUCCGGCACUCCUUUGAAGUAUGAGGAGUUUGUAUCGGCACGCUCAUACAUUGUUCAGCGUUCAAUUUCACAAGCCGUUGGUUUGGUUUACACGCCUCCAGUUUAUCUAGUUGAGAAUCAUCUUUUGUGCAGGAAGAACCGAGCAGGUGAAAAAGUUCUCCCAAACGGCCAAGUUUGGAAGCCUGAGCUGAUGCUUUUGUGUUACUCUAUCAAAGUUUUGUCCGAAGCAGUUUAUCUGAUGAAGCCUCGAGAAGAACCGCCACUGAACUACCGCAACGUUUUUGGAUCUCUUUGGCCCAAGAUGUCUCUCCCUAGCUUGUUGUCUUGGCUGUUGCCGUCCCGUUCACAUCCUUCAGACCAAGGUGGUAAAGUUGAUGAUGUGUCUGACUCUGAGGAUGAGUAUGACCAGCUUCCACCAUUUGAGCCUCUCCGGAGAAGUCAGCUUACAAAACUCUCAAAGGAACUGAGAAAGGCGUAUUUCGAGGAGUAUGAUUACCGUGUAAAGCUCCUGCAGAAGAAGCAAUGGAGAGAGGGCUUGAAGAAAAAUGGAAAGAAGAGUAGUGUAUAUGGAGAAGAAGUGGAUCCAGAGAACAACCGGGCUCCAGUUACAUUACCAGAUAUGGUAUUGCCACCUUCAUUUGACAGUGAUAACUCAGCUUAUCGUUACCGCUCUCUAGAAUCCACUUCACAGUUCGUUACCAGGUCAGAGUUGGAUACUCAAGUCUGGGACCAUGAUUGUGGAUAUGACUGUGUCAUUGCAGAACAUAGUCUGGCCAUAGCUAAACGUUUUCCUGUUGCAAUCACCGUUCAAAUGACUAAGGACAAGGAAGAGUUCGAUAUCCAUCUGGACUCUUCUGUUUGUGCUAAGCACGGGGACAAUGGUUCCACCAUGGCAGGGCUCACUGUCCGGAGUGUAAGUAAUCAGCUUAUGUACGUGGUCGUAGGAGAAACCAAAUUCAAUAACUUUAGGAAGAACAAGACGACUCUUGGAGGGUCUGUGACAUUCUUCGGUGAGGAUGUUGCGAUUGGUCUCAAACUCGAGGACCACAUCACGCUCGGGAAAAGGAUCGUCCUAGCUGGAAACGCAGGGACCGUGCAGUCGCGGGAAGAGUCAGCCUAUGAAGCAAACCUCGAGGUGAGGCUUAGAGAAGAUGAUUUUCCGAUAGGACAAAACCAAUCUGCCUUGGGGCUGUCUCUAACCAAGUCUAAAGAAGAAGAUCUAACCCUCUCAGCGAAUCUCCGGUCUCAAGUCUCUAUAGGAAGACAAACGAAGGUAGCAGCUUUUGCAAGUCUUGACACCAAGAGGACCGGACGUUUCACAGUCAGAACCAGCAGCUCAGAUCAGUUGCAGAUCGCGGUCAUGGCCAUUCUUCCUCUUGCCAUGUCCAUCUACAAGAGGGUUGUUGGAUCAGGAGACAACUGAGAAAGACCUUUAAGAGACUAUAUAUAUAUAUGAUAAUCUUGUGCGUUAAGUAAUCUUCUUGUUCUGUUGAGAUGAUUUACAUGGUACUAUUGACUCGUACCUUUUUUCUUGAUGUUCAAGAAAUAGUUCUGUAUUUUGUUUUGCCAAAAUUUAAUACUUGUGACUGAAAAUAUCUUUAUUCUCGCUUAAAA